ACUUUUUUCAUCUUCAUCGGUAGCUCUUUUAGUAAAGGAAAAAAUAAUUACAUUAAAAACAUAACUUUUUUUGCAAGUUCAACCAAAAGGAACUUGAUAAAGGAAAAGAGAGAAAAAAACCUUUAAUUUCACAAAGAAUAGUGUGCCUAAAAGUAUGCAACGUUAUGGAGAAAAGAAUAACAUUACACAUAUUAUAGCCAAAGAAAUCAUAGUAGACUAGACAAUACAAGAAACCUUAAAAUGAAGCUACUGUAAAAAUAAUAACAAAACCCAGAAACCUACACAGAAAUCAAUGGUAAUAAAAGCUGGAAAAUCAAUGCAUUGAAAGGGCAGCAAUUGCACAAACAUAUCUUUUUGAGUGUUUAGUGAAAGGAAAACCACAAACAAGGAAAGAAAGCCUAUCCAUAAAACCAUCAAUCCAUCUAUUUAACCAAUGCUUUGAUUCAAUGUUCCACAGAGAGAGCUUAUAAACAAACCACAGCUCACGCCCAACACCAACCUCUCUCCUCAAAGAUGUCUCUUAAGAAAGAAACCCCCUCUGAUGUUUUGUUGCAUUUGGCUGCCUUGCGGGGUGAUGAUAUUACACUAAGACGAGUCUUGGAUAGUGGGAAGGUACAUGUGGAUUGUAAAGAUGAGGAUGGUACAACACCCCUAAUUUUGUCUUCAGCUGGAGGUCAUACAACAUGUGUGUUGGAAUUGCUGGAACAAGGUGCAGACCCAAAUAGCAGGCGUGCCACUGGUACGACACCUUUAUUUUUUGCCGCCCAAGGUGGUUAUUUGGAUGUGGUGAAGAUACUGAUAAAGGCGGGGGCCAGUGUGGACACACCUUCGGUGGAUGGAGGCACUCCUCUAUUUGUAGCUGCCCAAGGUGGUCAUGUAAAAUUGGUUAAAGAGCUUUUGGACUGUGGCUCAAAUGUAAAUGCCUGUAUGAAGGAUCGUGCCACACCGGUGUUUAUAUCAGCCCAGAAUGGCCAUAGAACGGUACUAUCUUUGUUAUUGACAGCGGGAGCCUAUCCGGAUACAAAACGUAUAGAUGGAGCCACACCUCUAUGGAUAGCAGCACAAAUGGGCCAUGAUCAUAUAUGUAAGGUUCUAUUACAAAACGGGGCUAAUGUGGAUGCGGUAAGAUGUGAUGGGGCCACCCCUCUGUUUAAGGCGGCGCACAAAGGUCAUGCAGCAGUGGUGACGGAAUUAUUAAAACAUCGCCCUAAUUUAGCCCUAUUGCCAAAUGGAGAAACCGCCUUACAUGCAGCCGCCAUGUUUGGUCAUAUGACAGUGGUGAAGCAAUUGAUAGCGGCCGGCACUGAUAUCACCCAAAUCAAUCAGGAUGGCUUGACGGCAUUGCAAGUGGCUCGUCAGCAAAAAUAUUCCUCUAUAUGUGAAUAUCUGCAAGAACGUUUAAGAAUUUUGCAAAGUCGAAAUCAACAGAGUUAAAAGCUUUCCUUUAGCUUUAAGAAUACUGCUUGCUGAAGAGAGCUUUGGCAAGAAUUAGAAGCAGAGCUUAUAUGAGAGCUUAUUUCGUCUCUAAGAAGAGACAAGCCACAGUUUCUUUCUCACACACACAUACACAACACUCACAAACAUCAAAAUACAAAAAGACUUUCACACACUAUACACUAGUACACACAUACAUGCAGCUUUAAGAUUAUACAACUGGAGUCAAGAGGAGCAUAGCGAAUGUCCAUUUAUUGUGGACUUACUAUUCGAAUAUUUGGUCAAAGGCUAAACACAACCUAUACCAAGCAAACAAACAACCUAAUAACCAACAACAACAACAACAAUUAAACGGAUGACAAACACUUUUGCCUUUUUUAAAGAUAAGUUUUUUUUCGGUCUAACAAAACCAAUUUUUGAAAUGCCUCAAACACUAAAUGAUUAAGCACCGCGUCCAUUUUUGAAUUUAUAAAAACAAUAAAAAAACGAAAAAAUAAAGACCUUAAAACUAAUCUUAACCAAAAAACACCACAAAUUAUUCUCGGUUUACACUAAGCUUACACCUUACAACCUGCAGCAAUUCUCAGUUUGUAGAAACCAGAGAGGGGUAUAGAGAUGGGAAACUAGUCGUAGCUUUACUUCUCUCUUUCUCCUUCAAAUUAAAAACGGCUGCAUACAAUUGCUGUGUUUUGUUUUAGUCAUUUAUAGUGCAAACUAAGAUUGAUCGGUUAUUGCAUGACAUCUACAACUUUGCACUAAAAUUCUAUCCACUGAAUAGAACCAAAAUAAAACACAGCAAAUAUUACCUAGUGUAUACUGGGACUUAUGAACAAUUUAUUAAAUCAAUAAAUAUCCUUUUUGAAAGAAUCUUAUGAUAAUCAUUCAUACCUUAAUAGUAAAAAUUAUAUUGGUAAAAAAAUCUAUUGUUUGUAAAUAUUUAAAUUGAAACCCCAAAUAAAUAAAAAAUAAAAAGAAACAAAAACAAUAAAUAAAUAAAUAAAUACCUUGUUAAAUAAUCUAUGAAAAAUAAGCAAUUGUUGAACAUGUGCAAUAUUUCUCCUAAAAAAAUUAAAACAUAGUAAUUAUCAUAGGAAUAAUAAAGGGGUAUAAACUCCCCCCAAACACAAACUACAAUACAAUAUCUGUACCCAUACUUUUUUUAAGUUUAACUUAAAAGUCCUAUUGUAAAUUUAUUGAUAUAUUUUAUGUAUUUAUAAAAUAAAUAUUUAUUACCGAUAAUAAUUUAAUAAAACUAUCAGAAAUGAAUCAAAGAUAUUAAAAAAAUACAAAUAAAAAUAACUUUUGAAAGCAAAA